UUUUACUUCACUUCCACACAGCGAUGGCGGGAAUGGCAGCGACCUUCAGUGUCUCGUCAGCUUCCCCAAUCCUCAACCGUCCAUCACCGCUAUCGUCUCUUUCCUUCUCAUCCAAGCCGUUCAUUUUGCCAAUGCGGAGUCUCAACCGAGCAGCCCUGAGUCACAGAUUUCCAAGGAUAACGGCGUUUUCAAGCAACGAUAUUAAGGUGGGUUCCAACAUUGAAGUUGACGGAGCUCCAUGGCGAGUAAUAGAGUUUCUUCAUGUGAAACCUGGGAAAGGGGCUGCGUUUGUAAGGACCAAAAUGCGCAAUUAUCUAACGGGAAACACUGUUGAGAAAACAUUCCGGGCAGGAAGUACGAUAAAUGAGGCAGCUAUCUACAAGGAAACCAAGCAAUUCACAUACAAAGAUGGUCCCCAGUUUGUCUUCAUGGACCUGACCACAUUUGAAGAGACUCGUGUGAAUGAAUCUCAAAUUGGGGAAAAAGUAAAAUGGCUGAAAGAGGGAAUGGACUGCAAUUUGCUUCUAUGGAAUGAUAGACUUUUCGAUGUUGAAAUCCCCAUCACAGUGAAGCUGACUGUGGUUGAUGUUGAUCCUGGACUGAAAGGUGACACUGCUCAAGGUGGUGGAACGAAGCCAGCUACCCUUGACACUGGUGCUGUUGUCUUUGUCCCUUUGUUCAUAAAUAUAGGUGAUGAAAUAUUGGUAGAUACUAGAACCGGGCAGUACAUGAAUCGUGCAUAGACAUUUACUAUCAUCGGCCAAAAAGUUUUGUAUACCAUGCAGAGAGACUUUCCUUUGAUGCAUAUGCUACAUGUAUUAGUCGAAGGUCUGUUAACCUUUAAACUCCCUACUGUAAGUGGCUCUUAUUUGAAGUUAUUUGAAGCACUUUAGUGAAGCAAGAAUCUUUCACUUGAA